AUGGGAUCGAAGUGCUGUUCGGGGGAAGAGGCCUCGGAUCAGCACGAUGGUCGCGGCGAGCGCGUGCACGCUGCGAGUUAUCGCGAAGAGGUCGUCAAGGACGAGAACGCGCAGGGUCUCUCCAUCUCGGCUCUUACGCGGAAGGGCCCCGAAACGAAGGAUGGCAAGGAGUUCACCGUGAGACUGAAAAAGACUCUCGAGCAAACACGGCUGGGGAUCGAUGUCGACCUGACUGAUGGUCUCGGGGUCGUCGUGGAACAGGUCAACCCAGGCCUCAUCAGGGACUGGAACCAGGCCCAUCCAGAGCUGACACUGCAGCGAGGGGACAGGAUAAUGAAGGUCAACGGCAUCUCGAAUGCUACCGAGAUAACGGAGAUCUGCAAGAAAGAAGAUGAGCUGGAACUCACGGUGUCCCGGAAGUGA